GAUUCGUUAGUUCCGCUUUUGAUUCAUUGUGUCAAUCCACUCAACUCUUUGUCAGAAACAUAUCUAUAUCAUGGCGCCAGCCCUGUUGCUCGAUGAAAGCAGCAGUCCCUGCACAGUGUCUGUUACCAGCGCUUCACCAUCGACAGACAAUUGCACCCCAGUAAUGGCGGCUUCGUGGAAUCGUCAGAAUCGCCGGAGUCCACUUCUUAAACGCAGUGUGAGAAGUGUCCCACUCUGGCUCACGAGUGCGAAAGGAAGCUGGCUAUCAGUCACCGAUGGCACCAAGACCUGGAAGUUGUUUGAUGCUUCUGGUGGGGCUGGAGUGUCCAAUAUUGGCCAUGGCGACAGGAGAGUUCAUGAGGCAAUCAAGAGACAAGAAGAAACAGGAGUCGCGUACGCAGCUUCUAUGAGUUUUGACACAGAGGCAGCGUGGGAGUUUGCAGACUACCUUGUCGAAUCGACAGGUGACGAGAUGGCUGAGGUGGCCUUUUACAGUUCAGGUUCUGAGGCUACCGAGGCAGCGAAGAAGCUGGCAUAUCAAUACCAUUCCAAGUUGAAGCAAAAGGGCCAGCCUGGCCGACGGUGGUUUAUUGCUCGUGAUCGAUCAUAUCACGGAGCGACGCUGGGUGCUCUUGAAGUCAGUGGGCACAAGGGACGGAAAGGCAUGUACAAGCAGAUUCUGCCUGACAACACGCAGUUUGUCUCUCCAUGCAACCCGUAUCGAGAUAUGAAGGAUGGGGAGACGGCAGAUGAGUAUGUUAAGCGACUGGCAGAAGAGCUCGAGAACAAGAUUUGUGAGCUUGGUGCGGGCACAGUGGCGGGCUUUUUUAUGGAGCCAGUUGUGGGUGCGGCACUUGGUUGCGUUCCCGCAUUGCCUGGCUACCUGACGGCCAUGAAGAAGGUGUGCAAAAAGUACAAUAUACUCUUCAUCCUGGACGAAGUCAUGUGUGGCAUGGGACGUACGGGCUACCUGCACGCGUGGCAAGAGGAGGGGGUGGUUCCAGAUAUUCAGUUAGUGGGCAAAGCACUUGCGGGGGGCUAUGCAGCAGUUUCGGCACUGCUCGUUAGUGCAGAUAUUGUUGAAACCCUUGGGGUUAGCUGUUUUGCUCAUGGACACACAUUCCAGAACUUCCCAGCGGCAUGCGCCGCCGGUCUGGCGGUGCAGAAGAUUGUGCACCAAGACCAUCUUGUGGAGAAUGUCAAGGAUAAAGGGGACAAGCUAAUGAAAAAGUUGGUGGCGCGUCUUGGUGAUCAUCCUAACGUCGGAAACAUACGCGGUGCAGGUCUAUUCCGAGGAAUUGAAUUUGUACGAGACAAAAAGAGCAAGACGCCAUUUGACUCGGAGGCAGCCAUAGCGUGGAGAAUUCACGAGCAAGGGCUGAGAGAUGGAUACAAUGUCUACGUUUACCCAGGGUCCGGCACCGUUGAUGGCGAGCGCGGAGACCACAUCAUUAUUGCCCCACCCUUCAACAUUACGGACAGCGAUGUCGACACAAUUGUUGAGAGCGUGAGCAAGCUGAUUUUUGAUUUCUUCGAAGACAUCAACAGCCCGCCCAAGUUGUAGUCGUGCAGACUACUUGUGUCGGCGUCGACUGUUGCUAUGGUCGAGCGGUGUAUAUUUGGUUGUGUCACUACGAAUGAUGAUGCACGAAUUUUCUUCAUGUCUUUUUCAUGGCGGCUGCUAUAGCCAGUAUCUGGUUUGGAAUGAUGGACGGGCAGUUGCCAGAAAAAAUUUGCAUGGGAUCGGCUGUUUGAACAUGGUAUCUCGAAUGGAGGCUGUCUGACUAUGGAUUGAGAGCGCACUGUAUCGUACCGUACUCUAGGACGUGGAGGAGGAUAAACUGUCCUUUUGCGAGUCAGGGAUCUGUCGGCACGCUCAUUUGUUGACUUUUUUUUUGUCUGAGUAUGUCUUGUUAUCAAUUUGGACACGGGUAGAUAGCCAAGAGAUUGAUCGGCUUUGGCAUAGGAAGCAAUGCGAAGUGGAGUGCACGGCUUUUGAAAGUAGUAGACUGGGGCAAUGCAAGCGAUGGUCGGGCUUG